ACUGUCUCGAUGGAAGUGGUGUCAGCCUGGGCCCCGGCAGUGGGUUUCACACUCCUGCCCCCUGCAGGAGGAUUUUUAGGAAGCAGGCUAAUCAAAAAGGAAUUGCCGGUGUGGUACGAAUCUCUACAGAAGCCAUCCUGGUGCCCACCUAACUGGGUGUUUGCUCCUGUCUGGGGAGCUAUCUAUACAUCGAUGGGAUACGGCUCGUACCUGGUGUGGAAGGAAGUGGGGGGCUUCAACAAGAAGUCGGUGGUUCCUCUGGGUCUGUAUGCAGGGCAGCUGGCAUUAAACUGGUCAUGGACUCCAAUAUUUUUUAGAGCUCACAAAAUGGGAUGGGGGUUGGUGACUCUCCUGCUCACGACUGGCACGGCGACAGCUACGACUGUUUCCUGGUAUAAAGUCAACAAAACAGCAGCUUAUUUGAUGAUUCCUUAUUUAGCUUGGCUAACUAUGGCUUCUGCACUCAACUACCGUGUCUGGAAGGACAAUCGCAACAAGAAGCAGUCCAAAUAAACAGUUCUCAGCCAAAUAGAUAUUUUUUUCCCCACAAGAAUUUUCUAAAUAAAGUUAU